UGCGGGUCUCUUUUUUAUUGUUGAUCGAGUCUGACGACGAGGCUUGGAGGUUUUCACUGCAUCCUGAGGCUGUUUGCUCGCUUUCUAGCAUGAAGGGCACGAGCCAGUUGUGCAGUCGUUGCGAUUGACAUCUCGCAAAACAUCGCUCGGUACAGCAACUGUACAAGAAGAGAGCGCACAUCAUGGAGGAAUCGGGCAAUCGUAACUUUUUGCCGAGCACAUGAUGUUCACCUCACCUCAUCAACAACAAAACUUUCACACCUGCAAAACGUGAAGCUGUAGAUACUCCAUCCACCAACUGACCCAUCAGAACAUCACAACCGCAAUGUCAUCCCACCCAUAUGCCGCCGAGCUCAGCCUCGCCCUCGCCGCCGUCCACAACGCCUCGAUCCUCACAAAAUCGGUUCUGCGUUCGCUGAAGAACCACGUCUCCGCCGAAACAAAAGCGGACUCGUCCCCCGUAACAAUCGCUGAUUUCGCCGCCCAAGCACUGCUCAUCAGCUCCAUCCAUGCCGUUUAUCCUUCCGACCAAUUCCUCGGCGAGGAGAGCGCAGACGCGCUACGGUCAAACGACACGCUAGCAGACCGUGUCUGGGACCUUGUGCUACGCGCAAAAGCGCUCCAUGCAUCGCGUUCCCAAAAUGGCCUCUCGCAGCACGAGAACGCCAAUGCCGGUGCACAGACGCUGAAGUUCCCCGCGAGUAAAGAGGAGAUGUUUGAUCUUAUUGAUCUUGGCGGCAAAGGAGAGCAGACAAGUGAGGGCAGAGUGUGGGUUAUGGAUCCUGUGGAUGGGACGGCGACGUUUAUGCAGGGCCAACAAUAUGCGGUGUGUUUGUGCUUGCUGGUUGAUGGACAGCAGACGGUGGGUGUUAUUGGGUGUCCGAAUCUGGCGUUUGAUGUGGAGGGGCCGUUGGGGCAGAGCAGGUUGCAUGAGGACCUUGUUGACGAGGCGGGGUAUGGGGUUGUGCUGUCUGCAGUCAAGGGUCAGGGCACGUAUGUCAGGGGUAUGACGAAAGAUGGAUGGGGAGAGGCGCGGAAGGUGGAGCUGAGCACGUUGCCUGAGAAGAAGCUUGAGGAGCUCAAUUUCGUGGAGAGCACAUUGGGGAAGACCAGUCUCUCGCAGGAGGAGCACAAGGCUGUGUGUGAGCAGCUCGGUGCGCAAUGGCCAGGGACUGUUAUCUGGGCGCAGCAAGUCAAGCACGUCGCACUCGCACUUGGAUCCACAGAUGUCAUGGUCCGGAUCCCAAAGACAGUCGACAGAUUUACCUGUGUAUGGGACCACGCCGGCGGCCAUAUUCUCUACACCGAAGCCGGUGGACUGAUCAAAGACUUCAACGGCGGGGAUAUCGACUUCGCACAGGGCCGUCACAUCGCAGGGGAGCGCAACUAUGGCAUGGUAGCCGCGCUACCAUCCGUGUUCGAGAAGGUGGAACGGGCCGUGAAAGACGUCCUCGCUCGGAGACUGUAGUGAUGCGGAAUGUAAUGCAGGUGAGGAUUCCCACGCGGUGCGAGGCGAAAGCUUGCUUGCUCGAGCCGAGUUGUACAGCUGUACGACCAGGGCUGCGCGGUUUCACAGAGCCUCACUGGACGGUCAGACCAUCAUUGCUAUUUGCUAGGUGCUGGGUGCACCGCAGAAAUGACAGAACGUGGGGUGGAUCUGAAAUGAACGCUCGCAUGAGCCUCAGCUGAGCUACAGGGUCUGUUUCAGGGGAGUGACGAGUGUACGAGACAAAAUAUACACAAGUAUGCAGUGGCUACGUGUUUGAACUUAUGCC